AUGUCAGACCGUCACAUCUUCCAGUCCGCAGAUGGACUGGUUGACAAGUGUCUGAGAGGCCUCAUUGCCUACAACCCCUCUCUGGGCCUUGACGCCUCCAACCGCGUCGUCUUCGAUACAACCUACGACAAGUCCAAUAUCAGCAUCAUCUCUGGCGGAGGAUCAGGUCACGAGCCAGCAUGGUCCGGCUACGUUGGAAAGAACAUGCUUGCUGCCUCCGUCGCUGGUGACAUCUUUGCCAGCCCCUCAGCAAAGCAGAUCUUGGCCGGUAUUGAGGCUGUUCCUUCAGACGUUGGCACCCUUCUCGUUGUCACGAACUACACCGGCGACUGCCUUCACUUCGGACUCGCCAGCGAGAAGGCAAGGAGUAAGGGACACAACUGCCGCAUCAUUAUCUGCGGUGACGAUGUCUCGGUUGGCAAGAAGAAGGGCAGCUUGGUUGGCAGACGUGGUCUUGCCGGCCAGCUCGGUGUUCUCAAGGUCACAUGCGGUGCUGCCGGUGUCAAGGCUGGCUCCUUCGAUGAGAUCUACCAACUUGGUGUUGCGGUUGAGAACGAGAUCGUCUCCAUUGCAGCCACCCUCGAUCACUGCCACGUCCCUGGACGCACCGAACACGCUCAGCUCAAGGCUGAUGAGCUGGAGAUCGGCACUGGUCCUCACAAUGAGCCUGGCUACAAGAAGCUUUCCCCCAGGCCAUCCCCUCAAGACCUGGUUGACCAGCUGUUGGAGUACUGCCUCAAGGAGGACGACCCUGAGCGAUCCUAUGUCAAGUUCACCCCCGGCGAUGAGACCAUCCUUCUGGUCAGCAACUUCGGCGGCAUCUCCUACCUGGAGCAGGGUGCGCUGGUUGACGAAGUCCUCCAGCAAUUGGAGCAGAAGUGGAACGUCAAGCCAGUCAGAGUGUUCGCUGGUCCCCUCGAGACAUCACUCAACGCACCUGCCUUCUCCCUGUCUCUUAUGAACAUCACAGCAGCCUCGAAGAAGUGCUCCUUCUCAGUUGAGCAGAUCAAGGAGUUUGUCGACAUCAAGACCAACACCCACUGGGAGUCCAUGGCCGGAGCCCAGACCGUACGACGCGAUCGCAAGUCCCAAAUCGUUCACGCUGCCCCCGAAGAACCCAAGACGAUCGAUGCGAACAGCGACGUGAAGAUGGACCCCGCGAUCCUAAAGUCCAUGCUGCGUGCGGCUUGCUCUGCAGUGAUCGACGCCGAACCCGACAUUACAAAGUGGGACAUGAUCAUGGGGGAUGGAGACUGUGGAGAAACCCUCCAGACUGGCGCAUCGCACCUCUUGGAGGCACUGGACAAGAAGGGCGUCGCCGAUGGCGGCUCUAUUGUCGCUGUCUUGCAUGAGCUGGAAGACAUCGUCGAGAGCAAGAUGGGCGGCACACUGGGCGGCAUCCUGGGCAUCUUCUUUGUGUCCCUGUGCAACUCCGUCAAGGAGAACGCGCCCCUUGCCAAGUCCAAGGGCAUCCUGUCUGUCUGGCAAUUGGCCCUCGCUUCCGCGCUGGAGCACCUCAGUCACUACACCCCCGCGAAGGUGGGCGACCGCACAGUCCUUGACGUCCUGAUCCCCUUCGUGGAGAGCAUCAGGAACGGAGGCUUCGACUCCGCCGUCCAGGCGGCUGUCGACGGCGCGGAGGCAACUAGAACCGCAAAGGCAAAGCUCGGUCGGGCGACGUAUGUUGGAAGCACGACGGAAAAUGGAGGUGCCCAACCCCCCGACCCCGGCGCGUGGGGUGCGAUGGUGGCAAUCAGGGGUUUGCAGACUGGCUUGGCGUAA